CCCGCGUUUGGCUGCUCUCGAGGAGGCGGGAGCCCCUGGAGAGGAUGCGCCCCGCGGAGCCGCCUGGGCCUGCGGGAGCCGGCUGCCCUUGAGAUGGAGUUGCUGUCCCUGUGGCUCUGCCUGGGUUUUCACUUGUUAGCACUGCAAUGGAGGAACAACGGCGGAACGGCCACCGCCGCUUCCCAAGGGGGCUGCAAGUUGACGGAUGGAGCCGCUGACUGCCGGGGGCAGGGCCUGGCUUCGGUGCCCAGCAGCCUCCCACCGCACUCAAGGACGCUCGUCCUGGACGCCAACCCCCUGCAGACGCUGUGGAACCACUCUCUGCAGCCUUACCCGCUCCUGGAGAGCCUCAGCCUGCACGGCUGCCACCUGCAGCGCCUGGGCCGCGGCGCCUUCCACCAGCAAGGCCGGCUGCGCAGCCUGGGCCUGGCUGACAACCGCCUGGCGCAGGACUACAGGGAGGCGGCCGCGGCGCUCCGCACCCUGCCGCGCCUGCAGACGCUGGACCUGGCGGGCAACUCCCUGACGGAAGACAUGGCGGCCGUGCUGCUGCACAACCUGUCCUCGCUGGAGGCCGUGUCCCUGGCGAGGAACACCAUCAUGAGGCUGGAUGAGUCGGUCUUCGAGGGCCUGGAGCACCUCCGCGAGCUGGAUCUGCAGCGCAACUACAUCUUCGAGAUCGAGGGCGGCGCCUUCGACGGCCUGACGGAGCUGAGGCGGCUCCACCUGGCCUAUAACAACCUGCCCUGCAUCGUGGACUUCCGCCUCACGCAGCUGCGCUUCCUGAACGUCAGCUACAACGGCCUGGAGUGGUUCCUGGCGUCCCGGACCGAGGCGGCCUUCGAGCUGGAGACGCUGGACCUGUCCCACAAUCAGCUGCUGUUUUUCCCACUCCUGCCCCAGUGCGGCAAGUUGCGCACGCUCCUGCUCCAGGACAACAACAUGGGCUUCUACAGGGACCUGUACAACACCUCGUCGCCGCAGGAGAUGGUGGCCCAGUUCCUGCUGGUGGACGGCAACGUGACCAACAUCACCACCGUCCACCUCUGGGAGGAGUUUGCCUCCAGCAGCCUCCCGGACCUCCACCUCCUGGACUUGAGCCAGAACCAGUUCCAGUACCUGCCCGAGGGCUUCCUGGGGAAAAUGCCUUCCCUCUCCCGCCUGGACCUCAACCGGAACUGCCUGAUGACACUCCACAUCCGGGAGCAGGAGCCCCCCGGGGCGCUCACCGAGCUGGACCUGAGCCACAACCAGCUGUCCGAGCUGCACCUGGCCCCGGGGCCCGGCGGCUGCCUGCGCAACCUGCGCUCCUUCAACCUGAGCUCCAACCAGCUCCUGGGGGUCCCCCCUGGCCUUUUCGCCAGUGCCAGUAACCUCACUACAGUCGACAUGAGCCACAAUCGGAUCUCCCUUUGCCCCUCACCGGCCCCUUCGGGCCGGACGGCGCCCCGCAGCUGCGUGGACUUCAGGCAUAUGGCGUCUCUCAGGAGCCUGUCUCUGGAGGGCUGCGGGCUGGAGGCAUUGCAGGACUGCCCGUUCCAGGGGACGCCCCUCACUCACUUAGACCUGUCCGGCAAUUGGGGGGUUCUGAACGGCAGCGUCACCCCUCUCCGGGACGUUGCCCCCACGUUGCAGGUCCUGUCUCUCAGGAAUGUGGGCCUCAGCCCCAGCUUCCCGGAGUUGGAUUUCUCCGCCUUUGGGAAUCUGCGCGACUUGGAUCUGUCGGGAAAUGCCUUGACCAGCUUCCCGAGGUUCGGGGGCAGCCGGGCCCUGCAGACCCUGGAUCUCCGCAGAAACUUGCUCAGGGCCCUUCCCCAGAGGGCUGUGUCCGAGCAGCUCUGGCGAAGCCUGCGGACCGUCUACCUCAGUCAGAAUCCCUAUGACUGCUGCGCCGUGGAGGGCUGGGGGGCCCUGCAGCGCCUGCAGGCCGUGGCCGACUUGGCCUUCGUCACUUGCAACCUCUCCUCCAAGGUCAUCCGCGUGCUGGAGCUGCCGGGUAGUGUGUCUCAGGACUGUAAGUGGGAGCGGGUGGACACAGGCCUGCUCUACCUUGUGCUCAUCCUUCCCAGCUGCCUCACCCUGCUGGUGGCCUGCACCGUCAUCUUCCUCACCUUUAAGAAGCCUCUGUUCCUGCUCAUCAAGACCCGCUGCCGCUGGUCCUCCGUGUACUGACCCAGCUCUGGGCUGCACAUCCAAGGACAGCUCCGUGCUGGGUCCCAAGCCGAGGUCUAAAUUAAAAGUUAAAAUGGUUCUAUCCCUUACCCUCUGCCCCCACCCCCAAGUUCUUCAUGGUGGUCCAUCUUCCUCAUCCUGGUCAAAUAUUUA